AUGACCAUCCUCACUGGGCGUGUCCUCAACUGGGCCAUCACGGCCACCGCAGGAAGCGGCUUCCUCUUAUUCGGCUACGACCAGGGCGUCAUGUCCGGCUUGCUCACGGGCUACGCCUUUACUAGGACGUUUCCCGAGAUCGACACCACCGACACGGGCAACGGCUCGCCCACGCUCCAAGGUCUCGUGGUCGCCAUCUACGAGAUCGGCUGCUUUCUCGGCGCCAUCGGCUGCUUCCUCUUCGGCGAGCGCAUCGGCCGCCGCAAGUGCGUCAUGCUCGGCUGUGUCAUCCUCAGCAUCGGCGCCGUCCUGCAGGCCGCCGCCUUUGGCAUCCCCGAGAUGAUCGUCGGUCGUGUCGUGGCCGGCAUCGGCAACGGCAUGAACACGAGCACCAUCCCCGUCUGGCACUCGGCGCUCAUGAAGGCCAAGAACCGUGGUCGCGGUCUCGCUAUUGAGCUGGCCAUCAACAUCUUUGGCGUCAUGCUCUCGUACUGGGUUGACUACGGCAUGUCUUAUGUCUCAAACGACGCGCAGUUUCGCUUCCCGCUCGCGCUGCAGAUUUACUUCGCCAUUGUCACAUUUGUCGGCAUACUCGUCCUGCCCGAGUCGCCGCGCUGGCUGAUUGCGCACGACCGCCACGACGAGGCCAGGCAGAUCCUCUGGGCCCUGCAGAAGGACUACAAGACCAGGAGCAUUGACGACGAGGACCUGAGCCGCACUGUGGCCGAGAUUCAGCACACCGUCAAGGAGGAGCGUGAAGCCGCCGAGGCAGGCAGCUUCGCCAUGAUCCUCAAGAACGGCGAGCAAAAGUUCCUUAUCAGGACACUUUUAGGAAUUGGUAUUGUCGCCACCGUCAUGCUGUUCCUCUUCAAUUUCUUUUUUGCCGUGGGUCUGCUGGCCAUUCCAUGGCUAUUGCCUGCCGAGUACGCGCCCCUGGCGAUCCGAACCCGCGCCGCUGCUCUCUCGACCGCGUCCAACUGGGUUUUCACGUUUCUGGUGGUCAUGAUCACGCCCGUGUCCAUUGACAGCAUCGGAUGGAAGACAUAUGUCUAUUUCUGCGUCUUCAACUUCUGCUUCAUCCCGCUCAUUUACUUCUGCUACCCCGAGACCCAGUGGCUCAGUCUCGAGCAGAUCGACAAGCUGUUCACCGGGCCCAAGAUCCUGCUGCACUGGGACAAGAGCAUGGGAGUUCCUGGCGAGGCGCCCAGCAAGACGGCGUUGGGAGACGACGGCAUUGUUAUGCACAACGAGGACGAAAAGGCGGAGUUGAAGUAG